AUGAUCUUCUUCGAGAGCUUACCGUGCAAGGAAGGCAAGGAAGAAGUCUUUCGCGGAAGAACAAGGAGGCGCCGUCCGUCGACGUCUCUCGCCGAGUCGAAGCAGCAGGCGGAGAGGGGAGGAACACCGAGAAGCGUCUCGGCCGCGACGGAACGCGUGACGAAGUCGCGGCAUCGGGAGGAGAGCCGCGGUUUUAACCCAUUUCGCGAGGAGGCGGCGGCUUCAACGCGAACCACUGGCGAGGGUGGGGGGGCGGAGGGGAGUGGGGAGGUCGAUACAGCGAAGGCGUCCUCCUCAGCUGCUGCUGCUGCUGCUGCUGCUGCUGCUGCUGCUGUGUUUGGUGCGACCGCCUGCCUGCCUGCUGGCGUCUCGCAAUCGUCGCAGCAGCAGCCGCAGCAGCACGCGGCAGCUGCGGCGUGCGCCCGCGCCUCUUGCGUCGGCGACCUUCGCGAGAUCGCGCCGAGAAGGUUCGAAGAAGAAGCGACGGCGGCGAAGUCGGCAGCGAGCUCGACGACCACCGCCGUCUACGCGCCGUCGCCGAGACAUGGAACCCGCACGAUGUGCGGAGGCGAGCGCGGGCGGCCACCGUCUAGACGCGCCUGUCGGGACCGCCGCUUCGACUGGCCGACGCUCUGUACGCUACGGCCACGCGCCGCCAAGCGAUGCUCGCAGUGA